AGGCUCAGGCGGCGGGCUUGUCGCGCGCGGGGGUUGUGAGGGCGAGGGGUGGGUGGGGGCUUUUUUGAAUGAUUUCUGCAGCUGGGGCUGAGCCGAGCCGAGCCGCUGCCGGAGGACCGUUUGGCGGCGUUUGUCCUGCGGGGUAGCAGCCCGGUCCUUAACAAGGUCUUUGGCCAUGAUCGCCCUCCUCUUGUGGGAUCAUCUCCGGGCGGGCAGCUCCGAACUGGACUGGUGCGAGGAUAACUACACCAUCGUGCCCAUCAUCGCCGAGUUUUACAACACGAUAAGCAACGUUUUGUUUUUUGUCCUGCCCCCUAUAUGUAUGUGCUUAUUCCGACAAUAUGCAACCUGCUUCAACAGUGGAAUCUAUUUAAUAUGGACCUUGCUAGUAGUUGUAGGGAUUGGAUCUGUCUACUUCCAUGCUACACUUAGCUUCCUGGGUCAGAUGCUCGAUGAACUUGCUAUACUUUGGGUUCUGAUGUGUGCUUUGGCUAUGUGGUUCCCCAGAAGGUAUCUACCCAAAAUGUUUAGGAAUGACAGAGGCCGGUUCAAAGCUGCAGUGGGCAUUCUUUCUGGAGUCACUACAUGCCUCGCCUUUGUUAAGCCCGCCAUCAAUAACAUCUCCUUGAUGACAUUAGGUCUUCCCUGCAGCGCCCUGCUUAUUGCAGAACUUAAAAGGUGUGACAACGUCCGAGUAUAUAAGCUGGGAUUGUUUUCUGGCCUAUGGUGGAUGUUGGCACUAUUUUGUUGGAUUAGUGACAAAGUAUUUUGCGAGAUUUGGUCAUCUUUAAAAUUUCCUUAUUUACACUGUGUAUGGCACAUCCUCAUCUGUAUUGCAGCUUACCUGGGCUGCGUCUGCUUUGCCUAUUUUGAUGCUGUCUCUGAGAUCCCCGAGCAAGGCCCCGUCAUCAAGUUCUGGCCCAGUGAGAAGUGGGCAUUCAUCGGGGUGCCCUACGUCACUCUCCUCUGUGCUCACAAGAAGUCUCCCCUCAAGAUCACUUGAAAGGCAACGGAAGCGUCCUGUCCUCUUUAACUGCUGUUUCUUCAAAAGGCCCGAAUCUCUUGCGGGAAGAUUGCCCAAGAGGGAGGUCCUUGCGGAAGCAAAGGACACCUGAUGACGGGGGGUCAGAGCAGAAUCUCAAAAAAAAAGUUUGUUCUGAGGGGCCUAAGAAAUGCCUGAAUCCGUCCAACGAGGAAAGCAGAAAGCCUGUAUUUCCACAAGUGCACCUCCCCAUUCCCUCCAAAAAAGUAAAGUUAUUUCUCUUCUGCUUUGACUGCCUGUCACACUCUCGGUGGGCCAGGAACUGGGUGGCAUCUUGCCCUGCCACAGUAAGCAAGGGUGUCCGUCUCUGCAGGUGUGUUGUUGGCUGUGUUCUGGUUGGGAAAUAAUCACCGGAUUUGUGUAUUAAGGAUUUAAUAGAAUUGCUUUGCAGCUGUUCCCUCCUCUGCUGCCGGUGUAUAUUUACACAUUAAUUGAGCAAAUGAAAUCCCUUUAAACUCCGCGGUCAGUUUAAAAGGAGUGCAAUCCUUGAGAAGCUGGCUCUCUUCUUAAUCCAUCAAAAUAUGAUAAACAAACGACAGGGGUGGUUGUUGUUUUUUCAAUCCAUAUAUAAUAGUUCACUCUUUGGAGACUGGUUUACUGCAAGAUGUGGGAGAAAAGCCAGUGAAGGAAAAAAAAAUGUCUUUGAAAUGACUGGUUGUGAGGUUUUACUUGGUCUCCAGGCAGUUAAGUAAUAUUUCAGCCGAGUUCUGGGAAGGAGAGCAAUUCAGCAAUCUACCCAAUUUCUGACAAAAAACAACAACAACCAAACAGUUUAUCUGUUAAUCUCUAUUUUAAUUCCAUGUUCUUUGCAAGCAAACAAAUGAACUUGGAAAGGUUUGAGUUUAAUUAUCCGUCUGGGUUUGUUUUUUCUUUUUGUUUUUUGCCUGUUGUUUCCAUGACACACUUUUAGGAGAUAGUUUAUGUAGAGAGCAAUCAAGCCUCAUUAUUCACUUCCAUUUUUAAGCAGAUAUCACUAAAUGUCAAGGGUAGCGAAAAAAUAGGGCUUUGGCUUCUUGCAGGUGUUUGAAAGCUUCUUAAAUUGUGCAUGAGUUGGGGUGUUCCCCAGAUUCUGAAAUAUUUGAACAUUUGUUAAAAUAUCUGUUAGUGAGUCUGUGAAAUCAAAAUGGUGCUCAUGGGCCAUGUGGUUAAAAGUUUAGCCCUGCCCCCCUUUUUUUUGUGAUGCAAGAGAAAAAAAAGGGGGGCUCCAAUUAUCUCACUAUUUAUUUAUUUAUUUUUUGACUGACCCUGUAGAUGAUCCUGCAGUCAGUCCUAUGAAUUUGGAGCUUUUAACGUUGCUUUUGAAAGAAUCCUCUCUUUUGUAUUUAAAUGCUUUAAAUUUAAGAGGUGGGCUGGUAUAAGACGAGAUGUCGGAUAAAUAAUCAGCCACGGCUUAGUAGUUUGGGCGGAAA